GAGAUGAUUUCCAGGUCCGAGGUGGCUUUCAGACGUGAAACAUUUUCUAUUCUUGAAAUGACCGGACAUCAGAUGACAUGCAUUACUCUAUUAGGUGACUCAAAGUCUAAAUUCGAAAACAAGCUUUCCAAUCAUCAAUCAAAAUUAAUUCUAGAUUCAUCCUGACAUUCAAGAAUUGGUCCGGAACAUCGAUCAGGAAUGCCACAAACCUGGCUCAUUGUCGGCGCCACCCGAGGUAUCGGCCUCGAAUUCACAACACAGCUCCUCUCGCUUGGCCACACAGUGAUAGCCACCGCUCGCUCACCCACACACUCCCUGCUCACUCCGUCGCCGGCUCUACCCCUUCCAUUACCUCAGCCUACUUCUCCAAUAUCACCAGCACCACCCACCCGCUUCCCCAGUAAUGCAAGUAACCUUUGGGCUCUAACGGGAAAAGCCAACGGUCAUAAUCUCACGAUUUUAGAAUGCGACGUUAGCGAUGAGGGGAGUAUUGAGAGGUUUACUGAGAGUGUCAGGAAGCUGGGUAGAAAGGGGGGCGUGCUUGAGAAUGGGGUAAUUGAUGUUGUGGUGUUAAAUGCGGGGGUGUUGGAGUAUCCGGGACGAGUUGGUGAGAUAUCAUUCACAUCCUUCGCGCACCACCUCCACACCAAUACCAUCGGCCCCCUCAUCACAGCCUCACGCCUACUUUCCCUCUCAUCCUUCAGUCCAUCACCCUCAGCCUCCUCAUCAGCUCACCCAUCAGCACAACCCUCCACACCACUUUCACCCCUCCGACCGACAACACCAAUUCAUAUCAAGACACUGGUGUUCAUAUCCUCUGACAGCGGAUCAACAACUAACUUCCGCUCCUUCGAAGAUGGUUUCGGCGCUUAUGCUGCGUCAAAAGCUGCGCUGAAUCAAGGUUUGAGACAUCUCGCUGCUGAAUUGCAUCGCAAAUCCAAAUUUUCACCAAAGACCAACCUCAAGCAGAUUCUCAAUCCUGGAUCUGACGAGAUUUGUAGAGACAAGACGGUCGUUCUAGCCCUACAUCCUGGGGAGGUCAGUACUGAUAUGGCCAAUGUAGCUUUGGACUGGGAAGUCGAGGGGAUUAUCAGCCCACAGGAGAGUAUUAAUUGUAUGUUGAAGGUUAUUGGCGAGAAAGGUUAUGGAGGAGCGGAUGAAGGAGGUGUGGUCAGUGCGAGAAAUGAGGGGAGGCGGGAAGAAGAUGGGGCGGCGACGUUUUGGACUUGGGAGGGGAGGAGGUAUCCGUGGUAGAUCCAAAUAGCGUAAGAGGGAUUGUAGAUGAAAAAUAUGAUUU